CUUCACUCUUUCUACCCUACUUGUUCAACUCUUCAUAUAAACACACACACACACCCCCCAAUUCCUACACUAGAGAGAGAGAGCUCUUGCUGAUAAGAGAAGCUUAUAGAAGAGAAUCCACCUGGUUGUUUAUAUUCAUAAAGGCUAGAAACAUCAAUAAUGAAUGAUUUGUUGGGUGGUUCAGAAUGCAGUAGUGGAUGUGAGUCUGGUUGGACUCUGUACUUGGAACACUCUUUCCUCUCUCAAAACCCUUCACACAGAGACCAUGGAAGGGAGGUUUUCAAUGAAGAAGAGAGAGAAAAAGAUGAGGAUGAGGAAGAGGACUUGUCCAUGGUUUCUGAUGCAUCUUCUGGUCCACCACAUUUCCAUGAAGAUGAAAUCUAUGGCAAUAAGGGGUGCUUUUACAAUGCACCCAUUGAUGCCACAUUGCCUAACAACAGCACCAAAAGGAAGAAAAUCAAAGAAACUCGACAUCGAAUGGGUCAAGAACAAAAUUCUUUCCUUGAUGACACUGCUAGCUCUCCUCUCUUCAACUUCCCCAAUAACAAUUGCACACUCAAUGAUAACCAAGCUUCAAUGGAGAAGAUAUUAGACUUUUCACAGGGCUAUUCUACAACUCACUUUGAGGGUAGAUCUGCAUUUCAGGAGCAUUUUGGUUUCUUCCAGUCUCAUCCGUCUGGAAACCAACUUCAGCAAAAUCGCUGGUUUGAAAGGAAGAGGUUGGGGAUGUGAUGUUGCUGAUUGUCGAAGCUGUUUAGAAAGAGCAAAAGGAACUGGAUCCCAAAAGAGAUCAUUUUGCUUUCCUUUUUCUUUUCUUUUCUUUUCUUU